UUUGCUGGCUACUGAAGAGGGACUUAACUCCUAUUACUUCCUGUGAGAUAAAAAGCGUGUUGUUGUUCGUCGCCGUUUGUGGUGAUUAACAAAGUGACUUUAAGAAAGGAUUGCCACAAUGUCGUUUGGAGCUAAUGGACUGAGUGCAGGGGAAAUGCAAAAUGUUUAUUCAACGCUUACAAGCGAAAAUCUUGGCAACAACAGUGAUAUUGAACUACGGUGGGCAAUGAAGGCAAGUGACCAUGCAGAAGUUUAUUUCAAUCUUAUCACUUCUGUGGAACCUCGCAUUUUACGACUUACAGCACUUGAUAAUGAAAUAUACACAAAAUUUCGAGAGACUUUCCCCGACUUGAAAGUGGAUGUUCUUGAUGAGAAGGAAUUGAAAAGUGCAGAAUCAAAAGAGAAAUGGAGAGAGUUCUGUGAAUAUUUCAAAGAAAAAGUUGAAGAUUAUAACUUUGGUACUUUACUGAGGUUGAAUUGCAAGGAAGACUACUCUCAAGAAAACUCAAUUUUUUGUGUGCGAGUACAGUUUUUGGCUAUUGAGAUCGCACGAAACAGAGAAGGCUACAAUGAUGAGCUUCGUUACACACAUGGAAAGUUGACGAAACCUUCAGACCAAAGAUCUUAAAAAUCUAAGGUGACCAGACGUUUCGGGAGCGAAAACGGGACGCGUGCUGAUGAUAUGGUUUCAUCACUGACAAAGAGUGCCGAAUAAGAGGUGGGGGAAACCUUUCCAAAAACCAAAACCAAAGGCGUGGAUGCGAAUCAGCGUACGGUAUUCAGAUUUUUGAAGACAACCGGGACAUUUGAUGGACUUGCCAGAAAGCGGGACAUCGGGCGGGGCGUCCCGCCCGAUGGGCAGGAGGGACACAAGGUCAAAAGCGGGACUGUCCCGCCUAAAGCGGGACGUCUGGUCACCUUAGAAAAUCCUACCUCUGUUAUCGCAAUUUCUGUUCAUGGUGACUUUUUUCCGUGCUUUGUUUUGACUGCAAUAUAUAGACUGUAAACAAAGAUGCCCCCUAGAAUGCCUGCAUAACAUAGGUUACACAAUAAAGUGGUAAUGCUUACAACAAAAUCUGGAAAUGGAUAGCACUUGCAUAAAAAGCAUGACAAAAUAAUCUCGGUUAAAUGUGUAUCACUAUUGGUCAAAAGUCAACAAUGCCAAACAGUGUUGGAACCAUCUUGAGAUUGUUGAUCUGUGCUGAUAAAGUAGAGGUAUGUGCUGUAAGGUUUUUCAUGUCUUGUCUCAAUCUGGAUUCACAUUCCUGUAAGAAGAUACAUCAUAUACAACAGCACUAUGGGUUAAAUAGAACUGAUGAGAACAGUAUAUUUAUACAGCACAUGAAUUACAAUAAUAGGCAUGCAUUACAAUAAUACUUUAUUCAUCCAAAAUAUGUGAAAGGAAACAAUUCAACAUAAAAACAGCACAGUGAUGUCUUAACUGAUUCUUCACAGUGUGAAUCUGGCUCAGGCUUCUCUGUUUUUAAUUAGAGCUGACUAAACCAAACUAGUCUCAUGCUGAUCUGAUACUGUAAGUUUCGUUUCUUCCCCAGACAUAUAUAACUGGUGCAAUUAAUGAUGCUGCAGAUGGCUUCGUAAUUGCUUUUUUAAAAACUUUUAGUUAAAUGGAAAUGGCAGUAAAUAGUGUCACUCCCAGUGUCCUCCGUAGACAGGUGCAUGGGCUUUCCAUAAGCUCAUUCAGGAUCUCUACACUGUAGUUUACUACUCUUUUCUAUUUUAUAUUCUAUAUCAGGUAAAUUUACAUUACUUUAGACUGACAUUUUAACAUAGAUUUUGUCAUGCUAAGCAGCUAUGCUGUCACCUUUUGGAACUCUCACAAAGUGCUUAUAUUACCAUGUAACUUCUCUUUUGAUAUGAGAGCUUAGUCAAUCAGCUGCAAAGAUUGCCUAACAGAUGAAUGAUUUCUAUAGCACAUCAUGGGAACCUAUUUGCACCCUGCACCUAGUUCAUGACCAAUGUUAAAACCAAGGCUUAAAGUUAAAAAUUAAUCUGGACUGAUGAUGAUCACAAAUCCUUCUGAAUCAGAUUCAGACAGAGGAUCACUAAGUUUAAGGCAUUGCUUAAGUAAGCAUUCACACAAUAGCAUUGUGUAAAUAUAUCAGUGACAGUGAAUAUGUUCUUCUGCCUAAUAUUCUUGCAAAACAACAUCUGCAAUCACAUGCAUGCAUGGAUCAUUAACUAACCCUGAGCUCUUGAAUUUGCUUGCAUAUGCUCCAGUUAUCUUGUACAUAUUUGCGCAGUGACUGACGAAGGGCCAAUAUCUCCUGCUCUCGACCUGUUUGAAAUAUUUUAAAGUGUUGCUGUUAGUACCAUGAUGCAAGUAAAUAGUAUCAAAUUUGAAUCAUCACGCUGUCUCUAAUAUGGAAAGAUCAUAUUCAAGGGAAGAAAAAUAAACAUAACCAGUCUGUAAAUAAAUAUGGCAAACAUUAGCAAGUAUACUUGUUGCAGUUACAGAAUGCUAUGUAAUUUUAAUCUCUUAUGAGGGAAUGAAUUCAUCCCGCAGACAUUUUCUAAGAACAGCCAUAUCCUACCAUAGUUCUUUUGGAUGAAUUCCACAAUAAAGCUGUUGACAUCAACUGGGCUUGACAGUU